AUGCCUCACUCACAGCACGAGGAAGAGGCCCCCGCCGCCUCUGGCGGGCCUGUUGCCCCUGUGACUCUGCUCACCGACCGUUUGGAGAAGCCCUUGCUUGACGACCGCGACUAUCGAGUCAUCCGGCUUGACAAUGAGCUCGAGGCUCUUCUAGUCCAUGAUCCCGAGACGGACAAGGCCAGUGCCGCCCUCGACGUCAAUGUUGGAAACUUCAGUGACGAGUCGGGCAUCCCCGGCAUGGCUCAUGCCGUCGAACAUCUCCUCUUCAUGGGCACUAAGAAAUUCCCGAUUGAGAACGAGUACGGCCAGUAUCUGUCCGCUCACUCAGGAAGCUCCAAUGCCUAUACCGGUCCUACAUCCACCAACUACUUCUUUGAUGUCGGCGCCAAGCCGGCCAAUGACGAGAAUCCUUGUGAUAGCAAUCCUUCGCCUUUGCGCGAGGCCCUUGACCGCUUUGCCCAGUUCUUCAUUGAACCCCUCUUCCUCCCGAGCACCCUCGACAGAGAGCUCAAAGCGGUUGACUCAGAGAACAAGAAAAACUUGCAGAAUGACACCUGGCGACUUCACCAGUUGGAAAAAUCCCUUUCAAACCCCAACCACCCGUAUUGCCACUUCUCCACCGGAAACUUCGAGGUCCUCAAGACCUUGCCGGAAGCACGUGGCAUCAAUGUGCGGGACAAGUUCAUCGAGUUCCAUGCCAAGCACUACUCCGCCAACCGCAUGAAGCUUGUAGUCCUCGGCCGGGAGUCGCUCGAUGUUCUCCAGAAAUGGGUCGUCGAAUUGUUCUCCCCCGUCGUCAACAAGAAGCUCCCCCCCAACCGGUGGCUUGACGAGGUUCCUUUCCGAAAGUCUGACCUCGGCAUGCAAUGUUUCGCGAAGCCUGUCAUGGACUCAAGAGAACUGAACCUUUACUUCCCAUUCAUCGAUGAGGAGUCACUGUACGCGUGUCAACCCAGCAGAUACAUUAGCCAUCUGAUUGGACAUGAAGGCCCUGGCAGCGUCAUGUCUUACAUCAAGGCCAAGGGAUGGGCCAAUGGGCUCAGCGCCGGCGCAUACCCAGUGUGCCCUGGUACUCCAGGCGUCUUUGACGUGCAAGUUCGCCUGACGGAAGAGGGCCUGAAGAACUAUCCUGAAAUCGUCAAGAUCUUCUUCCAGUACAUCUCUCUUCUCCGCGAGACACCUCCGCAGGAAUGGAUCUUCGAGGAACAGAAGGGAAUGGCAGAUGUAGACUUCAAGUUCAAGCAGAAGACACCCGCCAGUCGCUUCACGAGCAGGAUUAGUUCGGUCAUGCAGAAGCCUCUACCACGCGAAUGGCUCCUAAGCGGCCACAGCCGCCUGCGGACCUUUGAGCCUCAACAGAUCGAGAAUGCGCUGGCCACCAUUCGCCCAGACAACUUCCGAAUGACCAUUGUUUCUCGUAACCACCCUGGCAACUGGGAUCAGAAGGAGAAGUGGUACGGCACGGAGUAUCGAUAUGAGAAGAUCCCUGGCGAGCUGAUGGCAGCCCUCGAGAAGGCUGCUUCGGUAACCCCUGACCAGCGCCUCCCUGCCCUUCAUCUACCACACAAGAACAAUUUCAUCCCGAGCCAACUUGAGGUUGAGAAGAAGGAAGUGACAGAGCCUGCCCUGGCCCCACGUGUUCUUCGCAACGACACUAGUGCUGUAACGUGGUGGAAGAAGGAUGACACCUUCUGGGUCCCCCGCGCCAACGUCAUUGUCAGUUUGAAGACACCACUCAUCUACGACUCAGCCGAGAACAAUGUCAAGGCCCGUCUAUUUACUGACUUGGUCCGUGACGCUCUCGAGGAGUACUCGUAUGAUGCGGAGCUGGCUGGGUUACAGUAUAACGUCAGCCUUGAUUCUCGUGGCCUGUUUUUGGACAUCAGCGGCUACAAUGACAAACUUCCAGUACUUCUAGAGCAGGUCACCACGACAAUGCGCGACCUUGACAUCAAAGAAGACCGUUUCGAUAUCAUCAAAGAGCGGCUCACCCGAGGGUACAACAACUGGCAGUUGCAGUCUUCCUAUCACCAGGUGGGCGACUACACCAACUGGCUAAACGCGGAGGAGAGGGAUUACAUCGUGGAGGAGCUCGCUGCCGAACUCCCCAACAUCACUGUCGAGGCAGUCCGACUGUUCCAGAAGCAGAUGUUGGCCCAACUCCACAUUGAAGUCUACGUGCAUGGUAACAUGUAUAGGGAGGAUGCCCUAAAGGUGACGGAUAUGGUGGAGUCCAUUCUGAAGCCUCGCAUCUUGCCUCGGGCCCAGUGGCCUAUCCUCCGAUCACUCAUUCUGCCUCCGGGAUCCAACUACGUCUUUAACAAGACACUGAAAGACCCUGCCAACGUCAACCACUGUAUUGAGACGUGGUUCUACGCGGGAGAUAAGGGCGAUCGUGGAGUUCGUGCAAAGACGCUCUUGAUUGAUCAAAUGAUCCACGAGCCUGCCUUCGAUCAGCUCAGGACCAAGGAGCAGCUUGGUUACAUCGUCUUCAGCGGUGCUCGAGGCUUCUCAGGCACCUAUGGACUCCGGUUCCUUCUCCAAAGUGAGAUGACACCAGAAUACCUCGAUUCUCGAAUUGAGGCAUUCUUGACCAGGUUUGGAGAGACCUUGGCAAAGAUGUCGGACUCCGAAUUCGAGGGCCACAAACGAAGCCUGGUGAUUCGACGCCUUGAGAAGCUGAGGAACCUUGAUCAAGAAUCUUCCCGACACUGGGCUCAGAUUGCCAACGAGUACUAUGAUUUUGAACUUGCCCAACUCGACGCGGCUCAUAUCAAGCCUCUUACCAAGCCAGAGAUUAUGGAAUUCUUCAACAAGCACUUUAACCCAUCUUCAACCCAACGAGCCCGGCUCGCUAUUUACCUUCAUGCCCAGGGGAAAGCUGAGGGUGCCCAGAAGCGACAAGAGGAUGCCCAAAAGAAGGCCCACGAAACUGCGGAGGAGGAGAAGGUGAAACUGAAACAAGAAUACUCCAAGUACUUCCUCGGUCAGGAACUGGAUGCAGGGACCAAGAUCCGACGGCUCCUCGAGGGCCUGGGCUCGCAGGACCCAUCACCAUCGAUCUGGCAGACAGUGGAAUCACUGGGAGAUCACCUCCGAGAGGCUCUUAAGUUGCCUGAGAAGACAAUUACGGUACUGUUAGAGCAGGCUGAGAUUCUGGGAGUGAAGCAGACCAAGCCCGAUGAGCCGCGAGCUUUGAACGGCACAACAGUCGUUGACUACGCGACAGAAAUCACAGAUGUGCGCCUUUUCAAGUCCAAGCUGACCGCGAGCUCCGGGGCGCGUCCAGUCAAGGAUUUGGUCGAGUAUGAGGAUACGGACGCAAAGCUGUAA